AUGCCUCAAGACCUCCCGCCCACAGGCGGCUACGAAGCCGUCCAAUACAGACGUAACAUCCCCACCCGCGGUCUCAAACCCGUCUGGUACCUCGUCGGCGUCGGGCUCGUCAUGGCCUACGGCUGGCGCCAGGUGUUCGUCGGACAGCGCGAGAAGCACGAGAUGGCCCGAGAGAAGAUGUGGAGCCGGAUACACCUGACGCCGCUGCUGCAGGCCGAGGAGGACCGAGACCAGGUCCGGAGAUACUAUGCGGAUCUGGCCAGGGAGAAGGAGUUGCUGGGCAGCCAGAGCGGGGCAUAUAACAGUGAUCGAUUCGUGAGACCGACGUUUACAGCCACGCCCAACAGAACGGUGGAAUGA